GGCAGAGCUGCUGCUGUAGGACGGAAGCCCUGCAGUGCCAACUGAUUCACAAUGGCUGUUUCAGUGGCAGCCUCUUUGAGACCCCCUGCCUCUAUACUGUCAUCAUGGAAAAACCAAGGGGCCUCGAAAGAGGGUAAGGUAAAGUUUCAGAUUUGGGCUCAGCAGAAGAGGAACUUGAGGCUGGGGCAAGUGCCAGAACCCUCGUGUGUCAGAUUGGGGAUUGUGCUGCUGUUGGUGAUUUUCCUGCCAAGCAUGUACUGUGACCUGGGAUCUGUAUAUUACACGUCCUACAAAAUAGUCAUCCCCAGGCGGCUGACUGUUCAGGAAAGGAACACCCCAGUGAAAGACACAUCCUAUAUGCUCUUAAUGCAGGGCCAGGAAUGGAUGAUUCACCUGAAGGCGAAGAGAGACUGUUUUGUGAAGAACUUUCCAGUCUUCAGCUACCACGGUGGCGUCCUGGGGCAAGAAAUGCCUUUCAUCUCACAUGACUGUCACUAUGAAGGCUACAUAGAAGGAGUCCCGGGUUCUUUUGUUUCUCUCAACACCUGUUCAGGCCUCAGGGGCAUCCUGAUUAAGGAGGGGAAACCCUAUGGCAUUAAGCCCAAGGACACUUCGAAACGCUCUGAACAUGUGUUGUACACGAUGGCACACCAAGCUCGAGUCUCCUGUGGGGUCACUUCCAAAGGCAGCCAAGUGGCGCCUGCCAGCCGGCAGCAGGGGAGCAGGAAGCCUCACAGUCCACAGGCACCGUCCUCCUUUUGGUCACACACCAAGUACGUGGAGAUGUUUGUCGUGGUCAACAACCAGCGGUUCCAAAUGUGGGGCAGUGACGUCAGUGAGACAGUCCAGAGGGUCAUGGACAUCACCGCUCUGGCCAACAGCUUCACCAGGGGGAUAAACGCAGAGGUGGUGCUGGCUGGAAUGGAGAUUUGGACCGAGGGGGACCUCAUAGAAGUCGCGGCGGACUUGCAAGUUACACUCGGGAAUUUCAACAGCUGGAGACAGGAGAAGCUCUCCCGUCGUGUGAAGCACGAUGUUGCCCACAUGAUCGUCGGACAUCGUCCUGAAGGAGACGUGGGACAGGCAUUUCUCAGUGGUGCCUGUUCAAGUGGCUUUGCGGCAGCCGUUGAGUCCUUCCAUCAUGAAGACGUCCUCCUGUUUGCAGCGCUCAUGGCCCAUGAGCUUGGGCACAACUUGGGCAUUCGGCACGACCACUCGGCCUGCGCUUGUAGAGAUAAACGCUUGUGCCUCAUGCGUGAAAAUAUCACCAAAGAAGGUGGCUUCAGCAACUGCAGCUCUGAUUACUUCUACCAGUUCCUCCGGGAACACAAAGGGGGCUGCCUAUUUAACAAGCCUCGGCCCCAACAUCGCCUGCGUAGGAAUGCAGAGUGUGGAAAUGGUGUGUUGGAGGACAAUGAGGAGUGUGACUGCGGACCUGACUGUGGUGAUCACCGGUGCUGUGACCAAACAUGUAGGCUGAAGGAGCAUGCACAGUGUAGUGAUGGACUAUGCUGUUCUGAUUGCCAGUUGAGACAUAAGGGAUUCAUGUGUCGUCCUGCUCUUGGAGAGUGUGACCUCCCUGAAUAUUGUGAUGGUACCUCCGGAGAAUGCCCCAUAGACCGCUAUAAGCAAGAUGGCACACCGUGUGACAGAAUUCACUAUUGUUUUGGCGGCCGGUGUAAGAACCCUGAUAAUCAAUGUGUGGAUAUAUAUGGGUCCCCUGCAAGGUCUGCCCCAGAAGACUGUUACAUUUCCAUGAACACCAAAGGAGACCGGUUCGGGAACUGUGGCUUGUGGGCCUCGUCUAGGACAAAGUAUGUUAAUUGCUCUGAUGAUCAUAUAUUUUGUGGGAAACUUAUAUGUACAAAUAUUAGACGGAUACCAGCAAUCAAACCCCACCAUACUCUGAUCCAGGUACCUCACAAAGAUGACUGGUGCUGGAGCAUGGAUGCCUAUAACAUGACCGACAUCCCCGAUGAUGGAGAGGUGCACAACGGCACUCUUUGUGCCCCACACAAAGUCUGCAUGAAUUACUCCUGCACUGAUCAUGCCGUGCUCCACUACGACUGUGAACCUAAUGAAAUGUGUAAUGGGAGAGGAGUCUGCAACAAUUUAAGGCACUGUCAUUGUGAGGCUGGCUAUGCACCCCCUGACUGCAAAGCUGCAGGAAAUGGGGGUAGCGUGGACAGUGGCCCUCCUGGAAAGCCACAUGAUGGAAAUCCAAGUGAAGAUGAAAGCAGAAGUCACAGUGUUUCUCGUAGUAAUUCUGGCAGAGGUUGUGAGAAUGAAGAUGAAAGCAAAGGCCUUUCCAGGAUGGUGUACUUAUUCGCCUUAUUUCUUUUAAUAGUAUUUUUAAGUCUGAUUAUUGGUGCCAUUAUUGGGGCUGGAAAGGAGAGAUCACAGUGCCAACAAAAGGUUCUAGAAGAUACUCAAGAAACUGUACCAGAAACAGAAGUAGGCAGAUUAGAGGAAGAACCAGGGGGAAAAAUGAGUAGUGACAGGAAGAAGGCCAAUAUAGCAAAUACCUGAAUCAUUAGGUGGAAUAGAGGCUCAGUGGAGCAAACAUGAAGUUUACACUGACGGCUGCAGGCCCUGAUAGGAAGUCUACAGCCUGUGGAAAGGUAAACUGUGCGAGGAGGACUUUUCUUCUUCAACUUCGUCAC